AUGUUCCCCUUGCGCUCAGCAGCUUAUACACGACUGUCACCUUACGAUUCCACGCUUCACAUACAACCUAUGGAGGCUUCUUCGGAUUUCUGUGAUGCAGCACCUUUUCUCGAAGAUGAGGAAUGGUACAGGGAUGCCAUCCCGAAUGAUCCUUCUGUUUUGUCCCACAUCAGGGAAAUAGCAGUGAAAGGUCGCACUUCAACUCCAUGGUUGUCUGUCAAAAUGAAGUUUCCUGCCAGGAUCGAGUAUUGCGUCAAAAUUGUGGAAAAUUACCAAAGGCGAUGUCUUGGGGUGCGAGUUGAUCUGAGUGAAGAUAGUGAGGGAAGAGUGCUUUUGGAUUCGAUUUCCGAGAAAGUCCUCUCCUUUACCGAUGUUCCAUUUACCUGGCGGAGGUGA